CCCCAAUGCAUUGCGGCGGAUCGGAUUACACGGUAUCAACCCUUAAAAACACUAAUAAUGACAAUAACAAUAAAUGCGUGGGACACGCCCUCCGCAGCGGCGCGUCGGUGCCGUCUGCCGUGCGUGGCCGCGGUGGCGGCGGCGGUGUCCAGUCCCUUCGGACCCUUACGGACGCGCGCACACUUGCAGACAUAAUAUUAUAUUGAGUACUGACGCCGUUGCCUCGCCAUGACCGAAUCCGGAGUGGCCGUCCGCAGGCCGCUUUCGCCCAGAAAGUUUUUCGCCAUGUUGUACGAGACGGACGCCGCCGCGGCCGCCGAGCACGCCCGUCGUCCACUUCACGGCCGCGCCGGCGACGUCCCGUUGCAACAGUGGUACGGAUUGCGACGGCCGUCCGUCCCGGUGCAGCUUGCAGCCGCCGCGGACCCGUCACUACAGCAGCACACCGUUGUGGUCGUCCGGCCCACCGCAGCGUACGUUGAACACACGUUCGCCGCCGGCUUGACCGCUUUCCUUGAAAGGAGACGACGGAAAGAAGGCCGGGCACCUCGACGGCAGAGGACCACCUUCAGUCCAGAACAGACGCUAAGUUUGGAAAUGGAAUACAGGAACAACGAGUAUGUGUCCCGGAACAGGAGAUCGGAAUUGGCUACUGCAUUAGAUCUGUCUGAAACGCAGGUGAAGAUUUGGUUUCAAAAUCGUAGGGCCAAAGAUAAGAGGCUGGAAAAGACACAUUAUGACCAGCAAAUCAGAUGUUCCAGCAAAAUGGUUUCAUUUUACCGAAGAUUUAACGGCGGGUUACGCGUGGUCAAACAUUAACGAUAUAAUACAAUAAACCUAUACCUCGGAAUAAUUAUCACUACAUCGCUGUUAAACCAUGCUCUACAUAAUAUAUUAUAUGAUAUAUAUUAGCCAACGGCAAUGGCGCCAAAAUCUCACAGGAUGAAAAGUGUGGAAUUCGCAAAUAAGACAGACGUGUUACGUAUAUUAUUAUUAUUAUAUAUAUUAUGCUGUCGUCGUUGUCAUCUAUCUAUUUUAUCAUUUGAAAAGCAACGAAUUUCUCAAAUGUCUAAUAUUAUUAUUAUUAUUGUUUACGAGAGAUCUCUCUUCGCGUCGUUUAUGACUAUUUUAUUUAUUAUAUUAUAAUAAUAAUGUGUAGGUACGAAUAGCGAAAUUAUUACGUACGUUUAGGGUUUUACUAUUCGAAACUAUAAUAUUAUAUUUCGUAAACAUACAGGACGUUGUAAACGGACGAUUUAAAUGCUUGUCGUUUUGGCCACGAUAACUGUAUGGACUGUAUAAUAUGUAUAUGUAUAAAAUAAUAUUUACAGGAUGUUGUUCACGCGUAUAAACUAUGCAGUUAUAUUAUAUUACUAUUUAUAUAUACUUUAUGUAAAUUAUAUUAUACAUAUUAUGUACCUACAAUUGUGUUGUAUGAUGAGGUAAUAGUGUUAAGUGUAAUACUAACUGUGUAAUUAAUAUCACAUAAUAUGUGUUUAAAAUAUUUACAUAUUCUAGUCAUAUGAUAUUGUUUUGUAUUUUGGAGCUACCGACGUAGUGUACGAAUAUAAUGAAUCGAAUAAAUCAAGUUCACAAAUAAUUAUUAACAUCAACCGCGUAUCCAAAUUAUCAAUGUUUAUUUUUGGCACGUGCGAGUUUAUAAGGAAAAAGGCAUAACGAGUGGUCGGCGCACAUGAGGGUUAGUAAAAGGGGCUGUUUAUUAACAUCCCCGGCUCAAAUCUCAAUUGUGCUGUAGAACUAAAUGGGAAAGGUGGUCAACUGCCAUAAUUUAAAAUUGUUACCUCUUAUUACAUAUAUUAUAUUAUGAUCGCAUUAUUUAUAAAAUAUAUAGAUAAAACUAUUGACGAUUUUGCUAAUUUCCCAAAUGACUUAAUAUAUACCUAUUAUUUGUUGUAAAAAUUGUUUAAAUAAAUAAUAAAGUGAUUAAAAAAUA